GUACGUGAAAUGUCCAUUAAAUUUGAUACUAACUUGUAAUGAUUGGCACGACAUUGCCAAAAAUAAUGAUGCAAAAGCAGAAUGGGUUAUUUGCAACUACGGAAGGGCACAUUCACUUUUUCAUGCUGUGAGAUUAGGUCCAUCAUUCAUUGAUCAAACCGUUGCACACGCUAUUAUUACGAAGGGUGGAAUUCUUACGCGAUAUUUUAUGCAAAGACUUCUCGUUAACUACGGAAGCUACGAUAUAAAAUUAAUAGAAUUAAAAAUUACGCAUAAUGUCAAACAAAUCGACGCUGAACAGAUUAAAGCACUUCAAAAGAAAGCGCGUGUUCCAUGGGCUAGUGAUUUACCGUUACCGGUCUUUACAUAUUUCUUAACGGUGGCACAAACAAAAUUUAAACCGCAAGAACUUUAUUUAAAAGGAAACGAUAUGGAACUAUUCCAUUUUUUUUCCGCGGGACCACAUGUAAUAAAAGAUGCUCCGAAUAUUUUACAAAAAAAUAUGGGUUCCAUUGAAGACUUAAUACUUCACAAAAAAUUUAUCCCGUUUCCUCCUAGACCUUCUAGAAAAUUUACGGACCUCUGCACGCCACCUAAUAUUCCGGAAGAAUAUCCUUCUAAAGAUGGGUAUGAAAAUAAUAGGCAGCUUAACGUGAUUGCACGUGCAAUCUUAAUUUGUAAAAACUUGGUCUCUUUGUGGAAAAAAAUAGGUUAUCACGAAAUAUGUGGUGACGUAAAUGACCUCGUGAUUCAGGGACAGUGUCUCUUAUUUUUUCCUCCAAAUUUUUCGGCUGAAUGGACUUUACCAGAUAUUAGCACGAUUAAUAAACGGUUCACCGAAUUAAUUAAUGUUGGUUUUCAUCUAAGUUAUAAUUUAAUUGGCAAAAUUUUAUAUUUGUUUGAAGAUAGAUUAGAAGAUAUUGGUAAAAUUUUAGUAGAAUCUUUUAUAUAUAUCAAACAAGAUAACCGAGAAAACUUUUUAAAUCAAUGUAUAAUUGAAUCAUUAAGAUCCGAACAUUGUUCAAGCAAACAUCAAGUUUGGAAUUUCCUUUAUUCAAUCGUGCAAAAUCCUGAAUUCGAAUUUAUUAAAGCAUUUAAUCACUAUUUAAGAAAAAACGAAAAUUUUAUAAUUAAUUCUGAAAUUAAAAAACUCUUAUUACCAUCAAAAUUUUAUAUUUGGGUUCUUAAAAAAUUUGGCACAGAUGCACAAAUUACAAAACUUUGUUUUGAAGAUAUAUUAAAAGCACGUGUUAGCAUAGAUAAAGAACAACAAAGCAAUAUCAAUAUUAACGUAGAUAUACCUAGAGGAAUAAACCAACAUGUAUAUCAUUCAAUAUGCAACAUUUUUAAAGUUUAUUGCAACGCCAAAAAUUUUUAUCAACCAUCACAUUUAGAUAUAAUAUCUCUAUGCACUAGUACAGAUAUUCUAGCUCCAUUAUUUAGGUAUUAUUUACCUGAUUUAUUUAAUAUUGAAAUAACAUUUCAGUUGCCAAUGCAAACUGUUGAAGAUAUAGAUGACAUUGAUAACGACGAUGAACAAAUAUUUCCAAAAUCAACAACUAAGAAAAAAAGAAAAAAACAAAUAUUAAACCAAUGGGAUCAAUCAUUAUGCAGUAUUUCUGCAAAUAAUAAUGGCAGGACAACAAAUUCUUUUCGUAACUAUCUCCAUGAAUUCCUAUAUGAAAAGUUACCUAAUUCGGAUUUUGCUCAUAAAAAAAGCAGAAUUCUAUAUUAA